AUGGCAGCAGCAGCCUCAUCGGCUGGCGCUGCCAUUUCAUCGAUGAUAACAUUGAUGAGAAAACAAAGUUUCCGUAACGAUUUUGGACCAUUGAUGGAUUACAGUCAAGAAGAUACGACGGGUGGUAACUUAGAAUGGAUGAACCGAUCAUCGUUCAAAAAUCUUUAUCGUCUAACUGGUUUACUCAGCUUUAUUUCCACAUGUAUGAAUACACCGAAGACGUUCGAAUAUCAUCCAUUUCUACAAUAUACAACGUUUGUUAUCGAUAUUACAUGCGCAAUUAUUUUAACAAUCGAAGCAGUUGUUAAAAUGAAAACGCGAGGCUUGUUCUCGGGUGACUCAGCAUAUCUACGUGAUCGAUGGAAUCAUUUCGAUGCUAUCAUGGUUUUAAGUAUUUAUUUUUCAAUAAUUUUACAAACUUUCGAAUUAACACAUAUUGUUGAUACAUAUUCAUAUUUGACAAUUAUUCGUUCUCCACGCCCAUUUAUUCUUGUCAAAGUGCUAAAAACAUUUUUUAAAUUCGAAUUACCGAAUAAUCAAAUUAAAUCGAUUCUCCAACGGUCAAGUUCACAAAUUUACAAUGUGACAAUGUUUUUCCUUUUCUUCAUGAGCUUGUACGCUAUAUUAGGUGUGCAAUUUUUCGGCUCACUCACAUUCCAUUGUGUUCGAAACGAUACGGAUUUAAAUGAUGUCAAGAAAAAAGAUUUAAUGAUACCAGAUACGUAUUGUUCGCCAAACAAAGAUGGCUUUCAUUGUCCGGAAUAUUUUGUGUGCAAAAAAAUUGAUAUCCAACGAAAUCUUCGUGGUUACAACGGUUUCGAUGAAUUAGCGACGAGCUUCUUUUCGGUUUACGAAUCCGCUAGUCAAGAAGGAUGGGUUUUCCUUAUGUAUCGAGCCAUCGAUAGUCUUCCGUCAUGGCGUGCAUUCUUUUAUUUCAUUACAUUGAUUUUCUUUUUGGCGUGGUUGGUUAAAGUAAGUCGAGAUCUUUUGUUAUUUUUAUUAAUGAAGGAAAGAAGUUAA